AACAAUGAAGGAUACUUUUAGACGGUUAUUGAAUAUGACCGGUUCCCAUCCUUCUACUGCUCAGGAAAAGCAAAAAGCUAAAGUGCAAGAGAGGCUUAACAAGUGUAAUAAGAAGAAGUUGUUCGAGUUUUGUGAUCUGCUCGACAUACCAGUCGCGAAACAUACCGCCAAAAAGGAAGAUGUCAUUGUGAAGCUAGUAGAUUUUUUCUUGCUUCCUUGUGCCACAACUUGUAAUUUACUUGCGGAAAAAGAACAGUUGAGCAAUGGCAAGAAGAGUACAUCAUCUGGUGCUACACCUUCAAAUAACUCUUCAAAGAAGCAGAAAAUUAAUAGUGUGUUUGAAGAAAAUAAAGGUACUCCGGAACUGGAAGACUCAGAGGAAGAGGAAGAAAACACUGAAGAUGCAACUGUGAGUGAUGGCAUUGAUACGUCAGAAGGGGAAAAACAUGUAUCAGAACCUGAAUCUGGAGAAGAGAGUAAGAAGCGCAAACGAAGUUCUGAAAAAUCUCCUUCUAAGAAAGACUCAGCUUCGAAAACUAAAUCAAAGAACAAAGAAACAGCAAAAAUGAAUCCUCAAAAGAAAACACCAAUUGAGUUGUCUACAAGUCCUUCCAAACCCAUGGAUCAAAGUGAAACCACUCCAAGGACCUUCUCAUUGAAGAAGAAAUAUCCCGUGGUUGAUGCGAAACCUUCAUCUCCCAAGAAAUCUGCCUCUAAAGAGAAAAUGGGUUUGAAUAAUUUCUCUUUAUUUAUCCUAAUUUAAUGGAUUUUUAGAUGAAUGUAAAGUUUUAGGUUAC